UCACACCAACUAUUCAAAUUUCAAGAGUUAGUUCUCUCCUCUCAUUGUUUUUUUUUUCAUUUCAUUCAAACAAAACAAAAAAAAAGGCCAAAUAUGAAACUCUCUUCUCUCUUCAAGAACUCAUCACAAAAUUCCUCUUCUUCUACUACUACUUCUACAUGGCCAUGGUCAUUACCAACUUGUGGAAAACCAAAAACCCUCUCAUUUAGGUUAGAAAAGAAUCAUCACAACAUUUUCAAUUCCACUUUUCAUCUUGAUGAUAUUAAUGACACUACAUGUUAUAGUGUUGAUGAAUUUUUUAGUGAAAUUGAUGAAACAAGUUCUUCCUCUACUACAACUAUCAAUGGUCAAGAUUGCAUAGAGAAAGUGAUUAAAGGGUUGAGAUUAGAGAAAGAGAGGUUAUUUUUUGAGCCAGAAGAGACAAGUUCAAUUCUUGAUUUUCAAGAAUCCAAGAAUAUUAGUACUAGUACUAGUAUUAGCACUAAUGUUGUUAAUGAAGGUAAUAAUAUUGUUAGUUUUUUUCCAUUGGGAUUGGAUUCAAAGGAUCCUUUUGUGGAUUUUAGAGAAUCAAUGGAAGAAAUGGUGGAAGCAUAUGGAAUACAAGAUUGGGAGAGUCUUGAAGAGUUAUUGACUUGUUACUUGAAGGUAAAUUGCAAAAGUAACCAUGGUUACAUUGUUGGUGCUUUUGUUGAUUUAUUGGUCAAUCUUGCAAGUCAUAGUGAGAACAACAACAAUAUUACUAAUGUUGGUGUUGGUGAUUCUAUAAUAAUGACAACUAUUGAUGAACAACAACAAUGUUUAUCAUCUUCAACAACAACAACAACUAGUCAUUCUUUCACAUCUCCAUUGUCAUUUUGUUCUUCUUCAUGUUCUACAAGUUCAUCUAUUACUAGUACCAGUGUUUGUUUGUCUUUGUUAGAAGAAGAAGAUGAGGUUAUUCAAACAAAAAAACAAUGUUGAUAGCAUUGUUUCAUCAUCUUUUCAAUUUUUGAUAUUUUGGAUCAAAGAAAUUAGAAGAAAAAAAAAUGUAAAAUGUAUAUGUAUACUACUCUAGUAGUAGUUCUUUUUUUUUUUCCUUCUAUAAAAGUAGUUGUUGACCCUCUUUUAAUGUUUUUGGUCUCUUUUUAGUAGUAGUAAUAGUGGUAGUAAUUUUUGUUAUUUCUUCUCGUUGGUGUAGUUAGCAAGUGCAUUAAAUUAAUUGUAGUAUUGUAUUGAUAUCAAA